UCCGGAGCUGAGCACCAGGCCCCCUCACCUGCUGUCACCUGCUGUCACCUGCGGCCACCUCAGGUCCCUCCCAUGGCCCAGGGGGGCCCCUCCCCUGCUGUCCCACCGUGUCCCCUCCCCGGGGAGGUGACGGGGGACCCUCCCAGGGACCCCCCGUGCUGGGACCACGGGGGGGUCCCCACGGUCACCGUCACCCCCUGGGCCAGCGGCAUCACCAUCACCGUGACGGCGGCGCCCGCCCCGGAGCGCGGGGACAGCGGGGACAGCGGGGACAGCGGGGACAGGGAGGAGCCUGGGGACAGCCAGGACCUUGGGGACAGCCGGGACGCUGAGGACAUCGGGGACAUCGGGGACAUUGGAGGCACCGAGCACCUUGGGGACAUCGGGGACAUCAAGGACCUUGGGGACAUCGGGGACGUUGGAGGCACCAAGGACAUCAAGGACCUUGGGGACAUCAAGGACAUCAAGGACCUUGGGGACAUCGGGGACAUCAAGGACCUUGGGGACAUUGGGGACAUCAGAGGAGUCAAGGACAUCAAGGACCUCGAGGACAUCAAAGACCUUGGGGACAUCAAAGACCUUGGGGACAUCAAGGACCUUGGAGGGGACAUUGGGGACAUCAAGGACCUCGAGGACAUCAAAGACCUUGGGGACAUCGAGGACCUUGGGGGGGACAUUGGGGACAUCAAGGACCUCGGGGACAUCGAGAAUAUCAGGGACAUCAAGGACAUGGGGGACACCAAGGACCUCGGGGGGGACAUUGGGGACAUCAAGGACCUUGGGGACAUCAAGGACCUUGGGGACCUCGGGGACAUCGAGGACCUCGGGGACUUGAGGGACCCUGGGGAUGUUUGGGACGUUGGGGACAUCGGGGAUGUCCCCUCCCUGAGGGACAUCAAGGACAAGAAUGUCCCAGACCUUGGGGACAGGGAUGUCCCCUCCCCAAGGGACACUGGGGACAGGGAGGAGGGUGACAAGGAUGUCACAGUUCCAAAGGACAUCAGGGACUUUGGGGGCUUCAGGGACACUGGGGACAGGGAUGUCCCAGACCUUGGGGACAGGGAUGUCACAGCCCUGAGGGACUUUUGGGACAGGGAUGGCAGUGACAGGAUGUCACCACCCCAAGGGACGUCGGGGAGAGGGGUGUCCCAAACCUUGGGGACAGGGAUGUCCCAGCUCCUGGGGACAUCAGGGACAGGGGGUACAGGGGUGUCACCGCCCUGAGGAACAUCUGGGACAGGGAUGUCACCACCCCAGGGGGCACUGGGGACAGGGAUGUCCCAAACCUUGGGGACAAGGACACUGGGGACAAGGAUGUCACCACCCUGAGGGACACUGGGGACAGGGAUGUCCCAAACCUU